AUGCACUUGAAACAGGGAGCCACACCUGUGUUUGCAAAGGCGAGAGACAUUCCUUAUGCUCUGAGAGAUGUAUAUGCUAAAGAGAUAAAUAAAAAACUCGUAACAGGGCAGUACACUCAUGUUGAUCAUUCAGAAUGGGCUUCGAUAACGAUCGUCAUCGACGAGCAUCUGAUUCCCAAGCAAGAGGAUAAAGUUAAUAAAAUGCAUGGAGCCAAGAUUUUUUGUCUCUUAGACAUCACAGAUGCUUAUACAUAUCUAUCUGUUGACGAGGAAUUCAGUCAAGCCCUGACAGUUAAUACACCAACUCAUGGCCUAGUUAGACCGACGAGAGCAGUUUACAGUGCAGCGAAUAUUCCUGCAAUUUGGCAACGGAGAUUGGAAUCAGUUAUUAAGGACAUUCCUCAUGUGUUGAACUUCUUCGACGAUUUAAUAAUUUUUUGCGCUGAUUCAUUUGACGAUCUCAUGCAGACCUUGGGCACAGUUAUAAAUGUGCUUUACAAAAAUGGUCUCCGUUUGAACCAGCAAAAAUGCACUUUUGCAGCACCUUCUAUAGAAUUUAUCGGUCACAGAUUGGAUGCUUCAGAAAUACAUCAAUCAGAUAAGCAUAUUCAGGCAAUCCUGCGAGCAUCAAAGCCAUCAAGUGCGCAAGAGUUAGAGCUUUUUAUUGGUAAAGCUACAUUCUACAAUGCAUUUAUUCCAGAUCUUGCCACAAAAGCUCGACCUGUUUGUGAUAUGCUGUUGAAAGAAUCUUUUCACACUGCCUUUGGUACUGGCGACAGAUGCAAGCAAGAAUUCAAACCAACAAAGGCCUAUGCAAAUGCAGAUUAUUGCUCAAGAAUUCCGGGAUCUUCCCUGAAGGAGGAAGAAAUUCCAAGUAUUGAUGAAUUCAAUCAAUUUGUAAUUCACCAAAUUGCUCAAUUACCAGUUAAAGCUAAAACGAUUGCAAAAGAAAUAAAAAAAGAUCAGAAUCUUGGGAGAAUUGUUCAGUUGCUUUCCGGUGGCCAGGACUUAAAUCACCAUCGAUACUAA